UUGCCCCGGCCUCCCGCGCUCCCGCCUUCCGCCCGCCGCCGGCUUGAUGCGGAGCAGGGCCGCUGCGUGAUGGGGCUGCGGAGCGGCGCCCUGCGGCUCGCGGCGGCCGCUGCUCGCGUUGAGGUGCGUUGGUGCCCGGUCCCCCGCGCCCCCGCGCGCCGCGGGGCCUGCUGACCCGGCCCGCACGCCGGUCGGUCCGCAGCGCGGCUGAGGAAACGUAAUAUAACUUCAAAAGAAGAUUUGAUUUUUUUAUUUGUGGAUUGCAUAUAUAUAACAAGGCCAUCAGAAUGUCGGGAGCCUCAGUGAAGGUGGCUGUCCGGGUGAGGCCCUUCAAUUCUCGGGAGACCAGCAAGGAGUCUAAAUGCAUCAUUCAGAUGCAAGGCAACUCGACCAGUAUUAUUAACCCAAAGAACCCAAAGGAAGCUCCGAAGUCCUUCAGCUUCGACUAUUCCUACUGGUCUCACACCUCGCCGGAAGAUCCCUGUUUUGCAUCUCAAAACCGUGUGUACAAUGACAUCGGAAAGGAAAUGCUCUUACAUGCCUUUGAGGGAUAUAAUGUCUGUAUUUUUGCCUAUGGACAGACUGGUGCUGGGAAGUCUUAUACAAUGAUGGGCAAACAAGAAGAAAGCCAGGCUGGCAUCAUUCCCCAGUUAUGUGAAGAACUAUUUGAGAAAAUCAAUGAUAACUGUAAUGAAGAAAUGUCCUACUCUGUAGAGGUGAGCUACAUGGAAAUUUACUGUGAGAGGGUACGAGAUUUGCUGAAUCCAAAAAACAAGGGUAAUUUGCGUGUACGUGAACACCCACUUCUUGGGCCCUAUGUGGAGGAUCUAUCAAAGUUGGCAGUCACUUCCUACACAGACAUCGCUGACCUCAUGGAUGCUGGGAACAAGGCCAGGACAGUGGCAGCUACCAACAUGAAUGAAACAAGUAGCCGUUCCCAUGCUGUGUUUACCAUUGUUUUCACCCAGAAGAAACAUGAUGCUGAGACCAACCUUUCCACUGAGAAGGUCAGUAAAAUCAGCUUGGUGGAUCUAGCAGGAAGUGAACGAGCUGAUUCAACUGGUGCCAAAGGGACUCGAUUAAAGGAAGGAGCAAAUAUUAAUAAGUCUCUUACAACUUUGGGCAAAGUCAUUUCAGCCUUGGCAGAGGUGAGUAAAAAGAAGAAGAAAACUGACUUUAUUCCUUACAGAGAUUCUGUACUUACUUGGCUGCUUCGAGAAAAUCUAGGUAUGUUGACUACUGAAAUGAAUUUUCUUUUUGGAUCUAGAUAUGCAGAUCGUGCAAAGCAAAUUAAAUGCAAUGCUGUUAUCAAUGAGGACCCCAAUGCCAAACUGGUUCGUGAAUUAAAGGAGGAGGUGACACGGCUCAAGGACCUUCUUCGUGCUCAGGGGCUGGGAGAUAUUAUUGAUACAUCCAUGGGGUCCCUCACUUCAUCCCCAUCUUCCUGCUCACUCAGUAGUCAAGUGGGCUUGACGUCUGUGACCAGUAUUCAGGAGAGGAUCAUGUCUACACCUGGAGGAGAGGAAGCCAUUGAACGUCUAAAGGAAUCGGAGAAGAUCAUUGCUGAAUUGAAUGAAACCUGGGAAGAGAAACUUCGUAAAACAGAGGCUAUCAGAAUGGAGAGAGAGGCCUUGUUGGCUGAGAUGGGAGUUGCCAUUCGGGAAGAUGGAGGAACCCUAGGGGUUUUCUCACCUAAAAAGACCCCACAUCUUGUUAACCUCAAUGAAGACCCGCUAAUGUCUGAGUGCCUGCUUUAUUACAUCAAAGAUGGAAUUACAAGGGUCGGCCAAGCAGAUGCUGAGCGGCGCCAGGACAUAGUGCUGAGCGGGGCUCAUAUUAAAGAAGAGCAUUGUAUCUUCCGGAGUGAGAGAAGCAACAGCGGUGAAGUUAUCGUGACUCUAGAGCCCUGUGAGCGCUCAGAAACCUACGUAAAUGGCAAGAGGGUGGCCCAGCCUGUUCAGCUGCGCUCAGGAAACCGUAUCAUCAUGGGUAAAAACCAUGUUUUCCGUUUUAACCACCCUGAGCAAGCACGAGCUGAACGGGAAAAGACUCCUUCUGCUGAAACCCCUUCUGAGCCUGUGGACUGGACGUUUGCUCAGAGAGAGCUUCUGGAAAAACAAGGAAUUGAUAUGAAACAGGAGAUGGAGAAAAGGCUACAGGAAAUGGAGAUAUUAUACAAAAAAGAGAAGGAAGAAGCAGAUCUUCUUUUGGAGCAGCAGAGACUGGACUAUGAGAGUAAAUUGCAGGCCUUGCAGAAGCAGGUCGAGACCAGAUCCCUAGCUGCAGAGACAACUGAAGAGGAAGAAGAGGAGGAAGAAGUUCCUUGGACACAGCAUGAAUUUGAGUUGGCCCAGUGGGCCUUCCGGAAAUGGAAGUCUCACCAGUUUACUUCAUUAAGGGACUUACUCUGGGGCAAUGCUGUGUACCUAAAGGAGGCCAAUGCCAUCAGCGUGGAACUGAAGAAGAAGGUGCAGUUUCAGUUCGUAUUGCUGACUGACACGUUGUACUCCCCUUUGCCUCCUGAAUUACUUCCCACUGAGAUGGAAAAAACUCAUGAGGACAGGCCUUUCCCUCGUACAGUGGUGGCCGUAGAAGUCCAGGAUCUGAAGAAUGGAGCAACACAUUAUUGGUCUUUGGAGAAACUCAAGCAGAGGCUAGAUUUGAUGCGAGAGAUGUACGACAGGGCAGGGGAGAUGGCCUCCAGUGCCCAAGACGAAAGCGACACCACUGUAACUGGCAGCGAUCCGUUCUACGAUCGGUUCCACUGGUUCAAACUUGUGGGGAGGGCAUUUGUUUACCUGAGCAAUCUGCUGUACCCUGUGCCCCUGAUCCACAGGGUGGCCAUUGUCAGUGAGAAAGGGGAAGUGCGGGGAUUUCUGCGUGUGGCUGUACAGGCCAUUGCCGCGGAUGAAGAAGCUCCUGAUUAUGGCUCUGGAAUUCGACAGUCAGGAACAGCUAAAAUAUCUUUUGAUAACGAGUACUUUAAUCAGAGUGACUUUUCUUCUGUUGCAAUGACUCGUGCUGGUCUGUCCUUGGAGGAGCUGAGGAUUGUGGAAGGCCAGGGUCAGAGUACUGAGGUCAUCACUCCUCCAGAAGAAAUCAAUCGAAUGAAUGACUUGGAUUUGAAGUCAAGCACUUUGCUGGAUGGUAAGAUGGUAAUGGAAGGGUUUUCUGAAGAGAUUGGCAACCACCUGAAACUGGGCAGUGCCUUCACUUUCCGGGUAACAGUGUUGCAGGCCAGUGGAAUCCUCCCAGAGUAUGCAGAUAUCUUCUGUCAGUUCAAUUUUUUGCAUCGCCACGAUGAAGCAUUCUCCACUGAACCCCUCAAAAACAAUGGCAGAGGAAGUCCCCUGGGCUUUUAUCAUGUGCAGAAUAUUGCAGUGGAGAUCACGGAAUCCUUUGUGGAUUACAUCAGGACCAAGCCUAUUGUGUUUGAGGUCUUUGGGCACUAUCAGCAGCACCCGCUUCACCUGCACGGACAGGAGCUUGGCAGCCCACCUCAGCAAUCUCGACGAUACUUCCCUCCACCCAUGCCACUGUCCAAGCCAGUUCCAGCCACCAAGUUAAACACCAUGAGCAAAACCAGCCUUGGCCAGAGCAUGAGCAAGUAUGACCUCCUGGUUUGGUUUGAGAUCAGUGAGCUGGAGCCUACAGGAGAGUAUAUCCCAGUGGUGGUUGACCAUACAGCAGGCUUGCCCUGCCAGGGGACAUUUUUGCUUCACCAGGGCAUCCAGCGAAGGAUCACUGUGACCAUUAUCCAUGAGAAGGGGAGUGAGCUCCACUGGAAAGAUGUUCGAGAACUGGUGGUAGGCCGGAUUAGGAAUAAGCCAGAGGUGGACGAGGCUGCAGUUGACGCCAUCCUCUCCUUAAAUAUUAUUUCUGCCAAGUACCUGAAGUCUUCCCACAACUCCAGCAGGACCUUCUACCGCUUUGAGGCCGUAUGGGACAGCUCUCUACAUAACUCCCUUCUUCUGAACCGAGUGACACCCUAUGGAGAAAAGAUCUACAUGACCUUGUCAGCCUACCUAGAGCUGGAUCAUUGCAUCCAGCCAGCUGUCAUCACCAAGGAUGUGUGCAUGGUCUUCUACUCCCGGGAUGCCAAGAUCACACCGCCACGCUCUCUGCGCAGCCUCUUUGGCAGUGGCUACUCAAAGUCACCAGACUCCAAUCGAGUCACUGGCAUUUAUGAACUCAGCUUGUGCAAAAUGGCAGACACAGGUAGUCCAGGCAUGCAGAGGAGGAGAAGAAAAGUCUUAGAUACAUCAGUGGCUUAUGUGCGGGGAGAGGAGAACUUAGCAGGCUGGCGGCCCCGCGGAGACAGCCUUAUCCUGGAGCACCAAUGGGAGCUGGAGAAGCUAGAGCUCCUACACGAGGUGGAGAAAACCCGCCACUUCCUGCUACUGCGUGAGAGACUUGGUGACAGCAUCCCCAAAUCCCUGAGUGACUCAUUGUCCCCCAGCCUCAGCAGUGGGACCCUAAGCACCUCCACCAGUAUUUCCUCUCAGAUCUCAACCACCACCUUUGAAAGUGCUGUCACACCUAGCGAGAGCAGUGGCUACGACUCAGCAGACAUCGAAAGCCUGGUGGAUCGAGAGAAAGAGCUGGCUACCAAGUGCCUGCAACUUCUCACCCACACUUUCAACAGAGAAUUCAGCCAGGUGCAUGGCAGCAUCAGUGACUGUAAGUUGUCUGAUAUCUCUCCAAUUGGACGGGACCCCUCUGAGUCCAGUUUCAGCAGUGCUACCCUCACUCCCUCCUCGACCUGUCCCUCUCUGGUAGACUGUAGGAGCAACUCUCUGGAUCAGAAGACCCCAGAAGCCAAUUCCCGGGCCUCUAGUCCUUGCACAGAAUUUGAACAGUUUCAGAUCGUCCCAGCUAUGGAAACACCCUAUUUGGCCCGAGCAGGAAAAAAUGAAUUUCUCAAUCUUGUUCCAGAUAUUGAAGAAAUUAGACCAGGCUCAGUGGUCUCUAAGAAAGGAUACCUGCAUUUCAAGGAGCCACUUUCCAGCAACUGGGCUAAACAUUUUGUCGUGGUCCGCCGCCCUUACGUCUUCAUCUAUAACAGUGACAAAGACCCAGUGGAGCGUGGGAUCAUUAACCUGUCCACAGCACAGGUGGAGUACAGCGAGGACCAGCAGGCCAUGGUGAAGACACCUAACACUUUUGCUGUCUGUACCAAGCACCGUGGGGUCCUUUUGCAGGCUCUCAAUGACAAAGACAUGAACGACUGGUUGUAUGCUUUCAACCCACUUCUUGCUGGCACAAUACGGUCGAAACUCUCCCGCAGAUGCCCAAGCCAGCCGAAAUACUAAGUGACUCUGCGGAGUGCCCUCACUCGCCUUCGAGAGAGAAAGAAAGUGUUACGUCUCAUUUCUCUUUGUGAUUCUUUACGGUGACUCUUGUCUGUAACCUGUGGCUAACUGCUUCCCCCGUCCGGCACUUUUCUACCCUCCUGUUCCCCAUUUCCAUUGCUCUGUACUCUUUUCUUCUGUGCUGAGAAUCUUCUUAGUAGCAUGUGACCUAACAAAAGGAAAAAAGGUUAAAAAAAAAAAACACACACACACACCGAUACAGACACAGAAAACCCUGAGGGGAUCUAGUAAAUCUCCAAAUUAUAUUUUGAUGUAUUUUGGCUUCCUUUUGUAUGACAGGUCUCCAUACCGACCACCUCUCAUGUCUGUGCUGCUGUCUUUGGAUACCUUUGUCUGUUUUUCAAGACAACAUAAUGCUUUUUUUUUCUCUUCUGUUCGUGAUAUCACUUUAAUUUUUUCUUGGGUGGCUUAGAGACUAAGGAGGAGAUAUCUGGCCUUUUUAGAACCUGAGAAGAAAAACUUAAUCUUUUCUUCCAUUCUGUCUCUUUUUGCCAUGGCUAAUCCCUGCAUUUCCAUUCAGGGAAAAGGUGUGGAGAGCUUAGAAAUGGGACAGUUAUAUUCUCUGAGUCAAAAUCGGGGCUUAUUCAGAGCACAGUUAUGGAAACUUUCAUUUACUGGAAGAGAGAAGAGAGGGGACUUUUCAACAGGUCUGAGGCAGUAGCUGCUGUAGACCCUGUGAGAAGGGAAGAGCCACAGAUAACAGCCCGUGGAUGUCAGGGGACCACAGGAUUUGGCAGUGGGCCGUGAAGGUGGCCACCAGUCAGUUGCUCAUAGUCCUCACAGCAGGAUUUCUGAAAAUGGUUGUUUCUGUGUUGGGAUGGAGGCUCUUCUUAGAAGUUCCUCCGUUCUGUUCUUGGCAUUAGUGGUGAUGGUAGUUUGGAAUUGGUGCAAUGUCAUACACAAAUAUUCCACAAGGGGGGAGUGUUUGACUUUCUGGUGAUAAACUUGACAGUCAUUCUCAUAAUUAAGACAGUGCUGAGUAGACCUUUUGAUUGUUGUAGCUCCCUUUGACCAAAGAAUUGUAGCUUUCAAUUACACACUUGGAAGUCUCCCUCUGAAUCAACCCAGUGGUUGUUUUCAGUGAUGCUCGUUAAAUCGAAAAUGCUUUCAAUGAUGCUUAUCUUCCUGUACUCAUAAGUAAGCAGACAUGGCAGGCUUUGUUCUCUGGAUCCCAGGAUGAAAACCAACCUCCAACCAUCACCCCAAACAAAACAAAAGAUCCCCGGGGGCAAGGAAAAGCAUUGUGUCUCUCCUCCUUUGCUGCAGCCUCCUCUCCAUCCAGGCCGGAAAGAUCACCCAGCAAGAAAGGAGGAAGCCUUGCUGCUGAUAGGGUCUCCUUUUCCUCUGACAGACCAGGGCCGUCUGGCUUCCAGAGACCAUCACAGAAGAUAACUCUUUCUCUUUUAGUGACCAGUAAAUUUUACAGGAUGACACAGGGAACAGAAAGCCUCCAGGUGACUUGAGUUGCUUGGCCAGUUGACUUGGGGUUGUUUUUCACCAUUCUCUCCUUCCCUUGCUCAGACCCCUCUGUUUCACCUUCGCUGGGGCUCUCAGGAAAGUGUCUGCUUGCCCCCACUUUGUGAGGCCUUGCGGGUUCUUGGCCUUGAGGUCGCUGGCUCUCAGGUGACCGGCAGCGGCUUACUUUCCACCCGCGCAGUGAGGGCCAGGGGCUCGUGCCCCUCUGCAGAGUAGUUGCCAGGGAGACGCGUCGGCAUCCAGACCCUUGUUUCUGACUUCCUGGCCAGGCUCCUCUCUGAAGAACCUGUCUCCGGCCUUGCCUGUUAGAACUGCCUCGCAAAGAGGAAGCAAAACGAAUCAUGGAGAGCUGAACAAAGGAAGGGGUCGAAAUCACAGACGGUGUCCUUGUCUGCAAAGGGAUCGAUAAAACUCUGUGGUGGAUUUUUUUAAACUUUCUUCCUGACUGUAAUGUUAUUUGUUUUCUAAGUGGUAUGUGAGAUUUUUAAUGUAGCUGGACGUUUCCUCAUCGUCUCAUGGACACAAGAUGCCCUUCUAGCAUACAUUCAAAUCCAGCGGGAUCUGUCAGCGCUGUGAGACGGCUUGCUGGACUGGAAUUAAAUCUAAUUUCAGGGAAAUGAAGAUGGAAUUUGAAGGUCAUUUUUAAAAUGAAAUCACUGAUGUUGCUGCUGUUGUGAAGUGUGACAGAGGGCCCAUGUCUGGGACCAGGGCGGGGAGAAGCCCGAGGGAGAGUGAGAUCACAUGAUACACUGAAAUGACUUUUGUUUUUCUUCUAACACAAACACAACUGGUUUGGAAAGUCUUUGCUUUGGAAGUGUCAGACAUGAGAACAAGCCACCCUGGACUGUCUGAUCCUUACGUGUCCUCUGGGGGCUCCGGCGGGCGUGCUUUCCCCCAUCUGAGGAGCCUCUGCUGGGACUGCUGGGGGCAGACAGCCCCUGUCGCUUCCCCAGCACUUUCGGGAUGGGUGUUCGUUCCCUUUCCGACAGGGCCAUCCCCACUUUGGAGCUCUAAGAGAGGAUUUAUGGGAGGAACUAUUUAUAUGAGGCUUUAGCUGUAGCUAUGGUGGUGGGAAAAUUAAGAAAUCUAACCAUUAAAGAAACCACCUUAAGGGGGCUUUUUAUUUAUUUUUCUUAAAGCACUCCUUUAAACAAGCAAAGUAUAAAAAAGGCAAGAAAAAAAUUCGCAAAUUAAGAGAAAUGAGUGCUGAUUAAAGCUAAUUAUCUCCUCCUUCCCUCUCUCCUUCAUCUGCCUUUCUCCUGCCAAAGCAAAAUAUAGCCUCACAGCCACCCCAGCCAGUGCUCGCACCUCCAUGUCCCUGUGUGCCACCGGGAGUCAGGGAGCUCUCGGGCCAACUGUGCGGGGCCUGCCAGCCCGUGCGCAUGCUCAGGAGCACAGGGCCUCUGGAUGCAGCACAUUGUUCAAGCAUGGUGAAGGCAACAGAAAAUGGAAUGAGUUUUUCAAACUAAGAAACUACUAUUAUUUGAUAGAUUUUUUCCCUUCAGAUACAUAGAACUUACAUAACUAGUCAUAUUUUUGAUGAAUUUUUCAGCCUAUUGAAGAUGAAAAAAUAAAUCAUUGUGAAGGUCUUUGGGGACUAAAAACAAGAUGACUUUUCCUGGCACAUAUUUCAAAGCGAAGACUUUGUUUCCUGCUGCUUGUUCUAAUUUACAGGGAUAUUUAAUUGUGUAAGGUUAUGUAUAUAGGUGUCUGAACUGUGCAGUGGCUGGAAGAGAAAGCGCGCUUGGCGCGUGGCGCCUGGCGGUACUCCUGCAUGUCCCCUGUGCUGUGUUCCACUCGGGCUCUCAUGGACAGGAUCGGGGCUUGCUUGUUUGACUCGGGUCCUUGAGUUUUCCUUUUGGUUCCCGUUUUAAAAUGUGAUUAUUAACCUGCUUCUUAAGAAGAAAAGACUAAUUCUGCUGCUCUCAGAAGGUUUGCUGAAUGUGUUUAAGUAGGACUCUAACUUGUGUGCACUACAGCGCCCGCUGAUACACCCGCGUGUGUGGGCCAGACCGUGACUGUGUGCAGCGGGAACAUAUUCUUUGGUGCAUCCUUAAUAAACUGAAAUGUCAGCUGAGAGAUUAUUUGCUGUUGUUGUUCAAAAGGCCAUUUAUGAAAUUAGUAUUUGAGCCCCUUAAAAUCUUAAAGCCUCCAGUCAUUUAAAGGAAGAAAUUAGAGUUUAUACAAAAUUCAUGUUAAAAACUCACAGCCAAAGGGCUGUGCUCAGAUGGGAAGUCUGAGCUGAGAUUGGUCUCUUGCCAAACCCUGGCUGUCGUGUGUUGUUUUUCAUGUCUUCGAGUUAAUUUUUUUCAUGCUGCAUAUUUUGGCAUCAGUUCACCCGAGGAAUCCACUGGCCUUCUGGUGUUUAAGGCAUCGUCGUAGACUCUGUGGCUCUCAAGUACUCGUCUGUUGAGAUUUCAAGGCUCUUGUCACCAUCCUUGCACACUACAACAAAACCCACGAUGCGUAAGUGGCCUUUUUGAACCAAGACUUUGCAAACUGAUCUCUCCCUAGUGAAGGAGUUGAGCACAUUAGCAACAAUGUACAUUAUUAAUUUUGGAUUUUCAUUUUCAGGUUUCAUUUUGUAAAUACUAUCUGAUGUUUGGAGCUUGAGUAUACAGAAUGUAAAUAUAGUUCUUGUAUUUGUACUAAUUCUGAUUCUUCCGCUGUAUAGCCUUAGAUGUGCAAUGCAGACAUUAUCUAACUGUGUGUGGUAACCUUGCAUCACGGAACUAUUAGUGAACGAGGUAAAAAUAAUAAAGGUACAACCAGUGCAUCAGAA